UCAUUUCUAGUACAGAGAAUAUUAAUUAAUCGUGAUUAAUGGAUAAUCAGGAAUUAUUACUGCGGUUAUUAAUCGUAAUGUUUAAUAAUUGUGCCUGGAGGGUGAAUGGUAAUUGUGAUUACAAACGAAAGUCUGUCCUACCGCCUUAUAUAAAACCGUGCAAGAAGAGCGAUCCGGAUAUAAACAAUUGCAUUGUGAAGACCAUCGAUGAGCUGAGGCCGAAGCUAGCUUCUGGUAUACCGGAACUCGAUGCCCCUGCUAUUGAACCUUUGAAUUUAAAGGAGGUCCAUUUGAUUCGAGGACCGGUUGGUGCCAAGCUAGAAAUCAAUGUCACAGACUUAAGGGUAAGAGGUCCGUCCACGUUCAGAGUGCAGAAUCUGACAUCAGAUGUCGAGAACGUGGUGUUCACUUUCCGAGUCUUGUUCGACAAGCUGAGCUUCAAAGGGAAAUAUCAGAUCGACGCGACAGUACUUUUGCUCAAAUUGAGAGGCCAAGGGAAUAUCACAGGAACCUUCACUGAUUAUGCCUCGGACGUACUUCUGAAAGCGGACAAGAUACAAAGGGACAACGACACCUACUUGCAUUUCGAGAAAAUGAAACUCAAGCUGAGAAUCGGCAAAACGCAUUUACAACUUACCAAUUUAUUCGGCGGUGACAACGUUCUAUCUGCUGCCACUCACGAAUUGCUAAAUAACAAUAACGCACUGUUACUGGAAGAACUGACACCCGUGUUGGAGUCAUCGCUGUCACAGCUUUUCACGGACGUGGCCAACAACAUCACGAAAUCCUUUACGUACAAAGAACUGUUUCCAGAUGACUAAGCGAAUUUCUACAGAAACAGCAAUCGACAGUAUUUCUCGUUCUAUUUGAUAGUUGAUUUUACUUUACAAAACUACUAUUGUAAAUUGUUUCUCAUCAAAUUCUAUAGCCUGAUAAUAUUUUUACAAUAAAAUAAAAACACUGAAACCUAA